GAGGAGGAGGAGGAGGAGAGGACUGACUGAUAUUGACCUCCGGAGCCGACUCUACAUCUCUUUAGGCGUGUGUCAGCAGCGGUGGACCGUCUCAGAACUUCGUGAACCGCUCUCAUCCUGGUCGUUUUCACAGGAAUCCGAGGGUUCCGGCGGUUUGGUCCUCAGCUCGAGCUACAUGGCUCGCUAGCACAACAAAGCUAACCACUGUUAGCCAGCGGCUUCAUUCACUGCCUGGACCCGGCGAAGUGAGGGACCGAGGAGGAGGGGAAUGGCAAGAGUUAACUCGGAUAUCCCCUUCAGAAGAAACAGCCACUGAGAUAUUUAAAGCGGUUUCGAUUUAUUCAUUUAUUUGUAUCAACGGUAAGCACAUUUUUUUCUCUACAGUAAGACAUCAAUGAAUUAACAUUGGUUUGUAAAGUUAGCUCUAGCUAACGGCUAGUCUCGGUUAGCCAGGACUGUUGUGUAACAUCCAGCUAACGUUAAGCAGUCAUCGUGGCAAAUAUUAAUCACUAUAGUGGUUACGUUUAAAUAAAGGUCUGGUUAUAUUAUACAUUUUUAUUAAACCUAGCAGAAAUAUAUAGUGACUGUAAACUGUACAGUUUGCACGGUGUUUGUCUGUUGAAUCAUCAUUCAGCAUCUAUCUUCAUAUAUCUCAACGUACCAUGGCACCCGUCCACAACAAGUUAUCUUAAGACACUUGACAAAAAAAGCAGGACUUGGCUGAACUACUCAUAUUGUUGACAGAGCAACAACUUAAAUCCACCAUGAGCAAACACUUACACACAAAAUAGCAAUAAACACCGGCGAGGGGAAAUGUCCUUUCCACGGAUAGCAACCCUGACCAGAACCAGAUACUCGGGUUAAAGAGCCAUCUGCCGCCACUGUGUUUGGCUUAGACAGAGAGGGACAGAGGCAAAUAAACAACAUCAGAUAAAACAGAUUUAUGGAUUCAUUUAGCAAGCUGGUGGAAGAAAAACAAAAAGGAAACAAACUAAACAUGACACAGAAAGCUUUCAGCUGUUGUCUCAGGAGGAUUUUAUCAGAGAGUGGGGUGAACAGAUCCAAUAUCUGGAGGUUUGUUUCUUUACAGAUGUCCCUAUCAGCGUUUUGCCCUCAAUCCCUGACAGAUUUUUUUUUUUAUAUCGAGUAUCUGCCUACACUAAAUCCUGAUCAGGCACUUGUAUUUGUACAGAGUAUCUGUUAUUCCAGCAGUAUUUUUUUAACAUUAUUUUGUUUGCUUAUUUGUAGAGCACCUCCUUGAUGGUCUGUUUUAUGUUCUGAUGUGCAUAUAAAACUUUACACUUCAACUCUUAACUAGAGGAUUCAAUGCAGUGUGUGGAGGGGCUUAGCAGAGAAACGGGACGAACGACUGUCAGUGCUUCAAGUGUCUCAUGUAAAACUAACCAGUCAUACUAUAUUUGCCGUACAGGAUUGGCAAGGUAGUGUCAGCAAUGUAGAGACAAAACAACAGGACUCUUUGAUCCAAAAUGCUGCCUCUCACACUGCUCAUUUUAUGACUGCUGAUCUGAAUUAACUUGUUGAGAUUAUCAGCUUGAAUUGCUGAUGUAGUUUAAAGAACGGCUGAGAUAAGCAUUGAUUUGAUUGUUUAGAAAGGAUCAGGACAUCCCUUGUAAGAAAGUUUAAGUUAAUAAGCAUUUCAUACUGUUUCAUGUUAUCCUUUUCUUUCAUUUACGGCUGUUCACUCUGUUAUUGCACGAUGUACUUUUGACUGUGUGACAUUCUCUUGAUUAUCUCUGUCACUGAAGAAGUUGUCUUAUUUGAUGUGUCUCUAAAGUUGCUGACAGAUCCUGAACCAUGACGGUAAUUACCUACUGUAGCAAACAGUGUAAUGUUUAGAGCUCUAUACUGUGGCAACCUGUGAGUUUUGCUGUUUGUUGUGGUUGCUAUUAGUCUGCCUCCCUUGAUCCUUCGAUAAGUAGGUAGUGCUGGAACGUCAACUCACUCCCUUCCUUGCAGCCAAGUUCCCAUCACUGCAUACCAGGAGUUACAGACAUGUAUGAGCAUGCUGCGCAAACACAGGACAUAAUGUUCCAGACGCAUUUGGCACCUCUUUCAAAUUGUUGUAGCUGUGGUCCGUAUCUUUACACCACAUGUUGUAGAGUGCAGCUAUUGUGCCCUGUCUAAAAGACGAAUAGGUUUCUUUUUAUUAGAGUGUGUUUUACCCCAUUCUUAGCCCCUACCCUUUAACCUAGGCUAGUGAAAUGUGCUGCUUACACUAGAAAGAAUAAAAUGCACUUUCCACUUUGUCCUCAUUAUGCACUGUAGUGUGUAGUUGUGGGUAGAGGUUUGCGGAGACAGAUAGUGGACAUAGCCCUGUCCCUCCCCAAUAGAAAGCCACUGGAGUGUUAGAGCCUCUGCUUGACAAAUGAGCUGGAAAUGCUGCAUCCAUUGAUCAGUGAGAUCUCUGGUCACACCUCAAGAGAGUUCCCUUCUGCAGCCCAUCACUAUAUAGGACUUCUAGUUCACAGGGCUGCUUGCCAAUGUACAAACCCGUGCACAAAUACUCCCACACUCCCCUGUCAUGGUUUUAAGCAGUCAGACAUAACUCACUAUUGCUCUAAUAGAUGCAGAGUCUCUUAUUGUGAAGCCAAAUGCAGCUUCACUCUUUUCAUUUUGAUACUAAGCACACAGAUACAAUGAGUAAAUGAAGCGCAGGGCCACAUCUUAGAUCUUGGACUGUUGCUUUGUUUUGUUCUCUCUUAACUUAUUCAUUCUUUUUGUUCAGGUUGUUGGUGUUACUGUAAUCCCCAUCAUGGUGCAGAAGUACCAGUCACCUGUGCGGGUGUACAAGCAUCCCUUUGAACUUGUGAUGGCGGUAAGUCUCUCUACCUUUUAUUCACAGUCCGUUCUGUGUCCACAUAAAUAUUACAUCUCAAUGAGGCAGAGUUAUGUAAUGCUGGCAGGGCGCUCCGAGGGCACUCUCAGAAAGUAGUCAUUAUGUUACACACCUUGCAUGUGAUUGGCUGACAGUUCCACAAUACAGAUUCUCUGGGCGGUUCGUGUUGACGUAAUCUAAUAUCUUUGUUAAAUUUCACGUGGCUAGUCAGCUAUGUGCUAUGUGCUCUGUUGCGGCUGUCUUGGUCUUCUGCCACCAAAACACUCGAAAAAGGAAUGACUGAUAAACUUUCCCAACAUAAGCCGACAGAAAUGUUCCUUAUUCUAAUGAAACAAACAUCCUUGACUGCUUUAACAGUCAUUGAGCGUCUUCUUUUUGGUUUAGGUAUAAACAUAUUACUGGUAGAAGCAAACAGGCGAGUGAUAUCCACCGAGGAUCUAUGCUGUAGAUAAAUCUUGGUUUCGGUUCAGGUAGCCUGUGCAGAGGUCUUCCAAAAUCAUAAUUGUACAUGAAAACAAUGAAGCCAGCAUGCCCUGUGGUUUGUCUACAGAGUAGCAUAGUUGUAGCGUUGUAUUUGCAGCUUUCAAAACAUCAACUACACUGAAAGACAUCAUUCAGCAUAGACAUCACCAGUGUUGUCUUCGUUGAUGAAAAUGUUUCAUCAACACCCCUUUUUUUUCACAACGAAGACAUGACGUUGAUGAGCUAAACAUAAGUCUUAGAUGACUAAAAUGUGACGAAUGUGCGUUUACGUUGACGAGACGAGACUAGACAAAAACGCUAGUGGUGGACGACGAACAGAGUUGCAAAAUUCAUGAGCAUUUCAUCAGUCGGACGCUGAACAUAUAUUCUGCAGUGUUGUUUUCGCUGAAGAUGACGUUGACGAAAUAUUUUCGUCAUCGUCAACGAAAACAACACUGGACUUCACAUUGCCACCUAGCAUACAGAGGGAGUAUUACAGAGUGACAGGAACACUUCAGCGCAGACUUCUCACACCACCAUUAAUUCAAGCUUUUGUUUUAAACAAGCAUAUUUUAUCUGUUUUAUUCCUUACUAAUUUUGUUUGAAAGUCCCUAAAUCAAAUGUGUGAAAUAAAAUGGAGGAGUUGUGCUCUGGAGUGUUCAAACUGAAACGAAGAUUAAUGGAAAUAAUUGGGAAGAUUAAGCCGGUCACAAAUUGCCACAAAUACUUUGACCUAUUUCUAAAAGAAAACAAACUAGCAGCCAUGACUUGUGGCAGUUAACUAAACACGGAUGACUAAUUAGGGAUGCUCCCAACCUUGCUGUUUGUGCUAGCUGCUUCUGUGUUUUCAUUUUCAUGGGUUAUGUUAUUUCUGCUGACUUGGAAGGAGGAAAGGCUUUUGUUGAGGUGAUUACUGUGCCAAGCAGCAUAAUCAGGUCUAAAUGGAGCGCUGCUGUUUGCAGUGAAAGAACUAGUGCAUAUUAUGGGUGCCCCUGUUUGGACCAAAGUGUAGACGCCCAGAGUACUCAAAGGGUCAUAUGAUUUGCAUUGUUGAUGGUUUUAGUUUGGAUGGAGAUUAGUUCUGGAAUAUUUCUUUGAUGCUUACUUGUACGAAGAUCACUGGAUCCAAAAAGUAGUGAGGGUAUCUCCUUCUAUCACACAAACUGCUAGAAUUACUUUUUGUUUCACAGUGUGUACUGUUCACUUCAAGCUUUACAACCUGUACAUUUUAUACUGAACUGUUGAGCUGUUGUGCUGUACAACUACACCCUUAGAGUCAGAAUGUACAGUACAGCUGUGCUGUUAUGUCAGACAGUGGUUCCACCACAUACUCAGCGGGGGAAGUCCAUUUGAUGUGUAAAAAAUUCAGUGCCUUGCUUUCCUUUCAGUAGCUACAUCGCUGCAUGUGUUAAUUCAUUCCUGUGCUGUUGAGUGCAGAAAGUGUCUGUAAAAAUGUCUCCUUCAUUACAGUUCGCUCUUCAAAAAACCUGUCCACAAGUUCUGUUCUUUUAGAAAACACCAGCUUACAGUAUGAUGUCCUGUAUUAUUUCAGGGUUUGUGACAAAAGUGCUCCUGUACGAUAAUAAGCUGCUAGGUUUCCAGGAUUGUACAGUCACCAAAUUGAUGCUUUGGAGAUGGAUACUUUCCCAGUGGUGUUUUGAUCCCAUGUGCUCUUUGUGGUUGUGCAGUCACAUAACAUUACUUAGUCCUCGCAUUAUACGACCGUCCAUUUUACCCGGCAUUAGAGGUGUUAUGGCCAUGCUAUAUAUAAGAGGAAUUCAUCACACUUUCUAUUUUUAAUAGCAUUGAAUUCAGAUCAGCAGGAAAUGAGUAAAGAUCAAAUUUCUUUUUCAUUCUGUAACAAGACGGGAGCUCUGCGGGUCCCAGACAGGUGCUGUUUCCUUCAACUGGGAAUCAGCUUGUACUCCAGCAACAAACAGGAUACAGGAAGAGUAAAUCUUCUUAGCACAGAAUGGAUUGAGCACAGGGGGAACAGGUUGCUAUAAAUAGAGGGUCGGUACCUAUACACAAGUUGACACAUGCAGUAGAAACAGAGUAUAGUGAUAGUAACAUCGCAGAUUUAACAUGAAUUGUGAAUCUCUUUUUGGGAUUUUGUUGAGUAAAGCUAACUUUACUAUGUGUUGUUAAACUAAGCGAGCAACCAACAAGGUUUGCUUUAAAUGUUGAUGACAAAAAAAUUUUUUUGUGUGUGUUUGAUGCAACAACUGUUACAUCAAAAGGGAGAGGUGGUCAUAGUUUUUAAUGCAGUUAGACUCUUUUUGCUCCCUUUGACUGUUCCCUGCAGUGAGUAUUUUUGCAGACACUGCAGAGCAGACUUCAUGGUGCGUCACAACACUUACAACACUUACUCGCUCUCUAAGCUGGAACGCAGUGAAAUCUUUCCCCUUUCACUUCCUCUUUAGCUGUUUUGCCAUUGCGGCAAGGGAGUGUAAAAACAUCCUGCAUUUGUGGGAAAUGAUCAGAGAGUAUUGACACUCUCUCUAUGGUGUUAGGAACAAAUCAGCUUCUUGAUUUCAAGACCACUUCCACUCUUAAAGUUGCAGACAGCGAAUGUGUGGCGCUGGAGUGCAGGCAGAGUACUUCAACAUAAUAGGCAAAUGACUAUUUUGGUUUUAUCUAUAACCUUGUUGUUCCUCGCUUCAGUUCCUGUGUCAGAGGCAUCUGUAGGGGGAUUAUAUUUGAUGUUGUGCUUUGAGGAAUUUAGUGAUCUCUCUCCACUUGACACUGUUGUUUGGGCACUGUCAGUUUUUCCAAAUAGUCAUUUACUCCACUGGGGUUAAAAAGCAAGGCUCUACAUUCCUCCGUGCUUUAAACGCAUUCUUUAAGCCUCUGUGAGAUAAAACCUGUCUUGACUUGGCCUCGAGGAGCCAGGCAACAGGCUGACAGGUGCUAUAAAAGUUUUUCAACCUCUGCCGUACACGACUGUGUUAGAAUCCGCUGUUGCAUAAGUCAGACUUGGAUCACUGAUGCCCUUCAGAUGUUUUUGUUCUGCGAUGUUACCCUGCUUUGAACCUGGUAGGCUCAGCAUUCCCAGUGAGGACACCUUUUUUAUUGAGUGGGUUCAACACAGUGCUGAAAGAACAACCAGAUGAGUUUUUGAAAUGUUUCACUUUUCUUCUUACUGAUCUGUCUUAACAAGUAAUCAAGUUAAUUUAUCUGAAUCACGUUACUUGUUUGUUGCCAACAUUGUGAACACCUUAAAAAAAGCUAAUUGACUUGGUUUUACAGACAGGUCCUAACACAGAUUCUGGCAGUUUGGAGUUUUGAAAGGGUUCCUCCCAUGCUCUGUGGCAGCCUGGCUAAGUCCACACAGAUACAAAAACAAUUUUUCUUUCUUCUUCCAUCUUGAAAAUAAUCUGUCCACACCCGAGAAAUAAUUGAACAUUAAAGCCCAGAAACAGUAAGAAACACUGUUUUGACUGUGAGACAAUUCGUAUUAUCGUGUCAAUCCCACAGCUGAUCUGUCAAAAUGAAAUCCAUGUGAGUAAAAUAUAACAUGUAUAUAUUGAUUAGGGCUGGGACAAUAUGCUUUUUCUCAAUUUGAUUCUUCUACGAUUUUUUUGGAUGCCUAUUCCGUUUAAAUUGCGAUUCUAUGAUAUUGUCAAUUUUCUCAAUAUUCAGUCUGCAUUUUUGACACCAGUGAAACGGUUGAAUGAUUAUGAUUGUCUACUGACUAUUCCAGGAACCAUAUUUCCCCCAAAAAUACACAUCACAUGUAAAAAAAAAAAAAAAAGUGAGAUUAAUUCUUAAAUUUGAAAAAAAAACAACAAUUUUUUUGUUCAAAAAUCGAUUUUUUUUUAAAUUGUAAAACAAAAAACCACGAUACUUAUGUGAAUCAAUUUUUUCUCCCACCCCUAAUAUUUAUGUACUCUGCUGUCAUGUAUGGAUUUUUUUAGCCUCUGUGCAGGGACAGUAAAGAUAUAAUGAAUGCAUGAACACAUAAACAAGGGAUAUCCCGACAUCGAUAUCGGAUAUCUGUCCGAUAUUUGCAAAAAUAUGAACAUAUUAUAUUGGCCUGCAUCUAAAAUCAUCAAUUGCUGAAAUAAGUUGUAUGCAUUAAGGACAGAUUUUACCGCAGAGACUUAUAAGGUUGAGCAGCAGGCGGGUUUUGCAUUCAUUGAGCAUAUCAUAAAAGUGUUGAGUAAUUUAAAUGUUAUUUUUGCAAGUCACUCACACCACCAGGAUUAAAGCCGCUGAAUAAGGCCACGAUACCUCAGGCCAGGUAACUGAGAUGCAGAAGCCUUAAUCAGACCUGCUCAUAAGUGGGUCAACAAAAAGCGGGACAGGAUAUUAACCUGGCUGAACUGCUCCGUGCUUAGCCAGGAUAGAUGGAACACCCGGAUUAGUCAAGUUCAGCUUAGCAAUAAACAAGCAUAAGAGAAUUUGUCUGACACACGCCAAAACGUGCCAUAAGUGAUCCACAUACAGGUAUUAGGGCACAAGGAGAGCACAGUAACCCACGGCUUCAAGUUUGAGCUUUUAAUACAACAGGAAAGAACAAAACUGGCCAAAAAAAUAAUCUUUCAUUUAAACGUGUUUUUCUUCAAGCAUGAAACGUGAGCUCUGCUGCACAAAAGCAGUUUCAGUGAUUUUAUCUCAGCAAACAGGCAAAACAGACACACAUUUACAGGAAGCAUGAGUUGAAUAUUUGAUUUUGCAUGAGUGACGCUCAAAUUAAUUUUUAACAUUUUCUGUUAUCAGCUCUGAUCUGAUGGAAAGGACACAGCAUCAAUAAAACACAGUCAAACACAGUUUCAGUGAUGAGGGCUGUCAGGUUCAAUUUGUGUUCAAGAUUCUCGUUCAAACACUUCACUGUUUCACAACUGGUCCCAUUUCCAUCUCUCAAUAAAAAUCCCCACACAUAUAAAGCAACCGAACUGUGACGUUAAUAAGCGCAUGCGACCCUGGAUUACAGAAAACAAUCAUUUUCUGUAUUAGACUGGUGGCCUCAUUAACAAGCCUUUGGCAGCAGCUCGAUCUGGAGCAAACAACAAGUUCCAGACUGUCUGAGAGGGAGGCCCUGUUGUGUUCACCUCAGUGGAACGUAAUGCACAGGCCCCAUAGAAAGAAAAACACAAAAAUUCAGUGAAUCUGGAAUUUUACCAUUGUCGCCCAGAGGCUACUGUACUGGCAGCCUCAGCUAAGCCUCGUAAGUGGCUAAUGCAGUCUAGGUCACUUGCGCUCUCUCCCUUUCAUUGCCUUCUGUUUUGUCUCUCCUCUUGGUUUCAUCAUCUUAUAGCCUUAAUCUGUUAAAUGUUUAAAAUGAUGAAGCCUCUUGGUCCAAUAUUCAACCGCCGAAGGUUCAGUUGACUGAUGAAAUGACUCCUGAUUUCUAUUCGGAGACAUCCACUUUACAUUGCAAUACUCUAAUGACCUGAAAACAUUCAGGAUCUCUGGCAUAUUUGAUAAACGCUGCUGCCAUUAAUAAAAAAAGAAAAAAAAAAGGUUAAGCCACUAAGAAGGAAAUGUCCCUUGUCACUAAUGGUGCCAACAAGUCCAGCAGGCAUUAAGCUAUUAGGGCACAUCCUGUUCCUUCGCCUGUAGAAAGUCUAGUGGAACAGGGCAGGACCAAAGCGUUUUGUCCUCAUGGAUUAGCCACACACCCAUACAUUUCCAUGGGGCAGGUCAGGCUAGGGUAGGCUUUGCAUCUCUUAAUACCGUCUCUCUGCAGCAUGCGUACUAAUCUGGGGCUUCAGGAAUAGUCAUUGUCUUUAAGGCUAGACCACAACAGGCAGUAGUGAGUUGGCUGUUAUUUACUAUUCUAGGAGGAGGCCGUUUUUUUAGUUUUCUCAUGGCUACCGGAGUCAUUCUUCUUCUGUGGAUUUGUUACAGAGGCAACUGUCCCUUCAGGCCCCGAAAUAACAGCGAGAGGGUUAUUGUGUCGUGCGUUUGGCAUUCCUCUGUGACUCCCUGAGGACACACUGGAGGCUCUGAAGCUAGACUGCUGCGAUAAUGGCAGCAGCAACGCUUCCUGUUAUUGAGAUGCAGCAGCACACUCGAGGGACGCCUGUGGCCGAGGGUGAUUAAAAAAAAAAAAGAACAAGCUGCUGUACUUCCUUAGUUUAGUGACAUACACGCCCCUCAACAACAACAGAAAAAGGUCAGCGUUCUGGAGUGAUUAGAAGGUUAUGAAAGUCAAUACCACACCAGUGGCUUUCUGUGUUUCUGGGCCGCUCAAACACACCCAGUUGACAUUUGAUGCAACACAUGCAUUUGUGACCAAAAACUAUGGUUGACCAAGUUAGCUUCAUCUGUAAGAGAGGUUCAGUUUCCAGUUAGGUUACAAACUGAAAGUGCUGCGGUGUGUUUUUCACUCUGGCGGCACGAUUCUAUUCUUGUCCGCUCCUGUAAGAGCUUUUCUCUCUGGUGACAUGCGAUCCUCCACAUCAGGCACUAAAUCACUUAGUGGAGUAAUUCAGUGCCAUCUUAAUUAAGUACCUCAUGUAACUCUGCAAAAUCUCUCUGUCAGGCUUGUGAUCACUGUGUCAAUCUCAAAGCGCCUCACAAGCCACAAUGAAAACAACACCUCCUAAAUGCAACACCAUCCAACGGCACAAGAACUAUGACUGGAGCUCCGGCCAACAAAGAAUUUAAUUGUAAAAUCAAAUUCAGCUGUUCAAUAUUAAUGUUUGUUCCUUCUUAAAUACUUUGUGGUACACCAAAUUUCCUAAUCAAUCUACAGCGGCCCUCAAAAAUGUGAUCGAGCUCAGACUUAAAACUGCGUGAAUGAAAGAAGUCAACUGAAUUCGAAUCAAGGAUUAUCAAUGCAAAGAUGAAAAUCAAUCAAUUCAUUCAAAAGUCGAAACUUGAGCAUAUGUAGAUGUCAUUCUUAGUGAGGAACAAAUGAAAAAGAAGGUUGUAGAGAGCCAACUGUCGCAUCCUUGAGGGCAGCUAAAAGACCCUCAAUAAGGAUGCACACAAAGUUCUUCUGUGGAGUUUGGUCUCACACGUUAUUGCCAUCCACUGAUAUGGAGUGUUUAUGGAAGGGGUGUCCCGAUACAACUUUUUAUUUCAUGUACGAUUCCGAUAUUGUUGCCUUCAGUAUUGGCCAAUACUGAUAUCGAUCCAAUAUAGCACAAACUUGUGCACGACAAGUUUUGCACUCAGCUGCAACAUCUUUUUCAGACUUUAACGAAAAUUACUGCCACACGGCCAGCAUCACUCCUACUGCUUGCUACUUUGUUAGAAGGGCUGCAGCUAUAGAAUAUUUUAGUAAUCAAGUAAUCUACCGAAUAUUCCAUCGAUUAAUCGGCUAAAACAUAAUUUUUUAAAAUUAAAGUGCAAUUAUUAAUAUACCAGAAAAAAUAAGAUAUGUAACCUAAUAAUAAACAAUCAUUUUCCUUUUUUAGAAACAAGGAACGCAGAAAAAGUGUGUGUGGUAGCAGAUUGAAAUGUUCGUAAUAAAGCUAAUUAUGAUAUUAUCUUUCAUCAUGCUCCUAAAGACAUUAGUGUCUGAGAGCUGAAUAGCUCCUAUGUUACCUGCUUCUGCUACCACACCGCUAAUGUUAGGCUGCAAGCUAGCAUGAAGAGAAGUGUGCAGAGCAGCGCUGUCUCUGCCUACGACUCUGAGGUGAAUUGCUAAUGCGCUACGUGAGCUUUGCAGACGACAAGCCUGCUCUCUUCUUUCAUGUUUCCCGCUCCGCAAAACCAAAACAGCGCAUACUCCUCCUUCUACCGUGGUGACGUAAGCAAAUUGUGUCACCUUGAAAAUAAUCUGAGCGAAACCGUGACGAUUUGAGUUUAUAAAUGAGUGCUUGAGGCAGAGAAAAUUCAUUUUUUGUAAUCGAGGUACUCAAGGUACUCGAGGAACGAUUUCGGCCUUAUUUGUUAGUAUCACUGUUGUUGUGAUUACGUGGGCUUUGCAUGCUGGAUCUGGCCGCUGCUAGAUAAGGGUGCCGGAGCGGAGUCUGGAACUGGACUGCUCAACCUUAUAAGUCUCUGCGGCAAAAUCUGUCCUUACUGCACAGGACUUAUUUCAGCAAUCAAUGUGCGAAGGCUUUGAUCAGAAACAUCUAAAUUAGGUAUAUCUGUUUACUACAAUGUCUCACAGUUCAAUAGAAUCAGAAGAAAAAGCACUUCAGCUACCAACAGCUACACUCAAACCUUGAAAAAUAAUAUCUGCCUUUUCAUAUUUGGAGGGGGGUUUGGAUGGAGAAGCAUAUCAGUACAUACAUUACCUGCUGUAUUGGCUGAUAACAUACUGUUUCCUCAUUUACUGUCUGCAGCAUUGCACCUGCCUGUUUUGGUUCAGAGAAUUUCCAUCCACUCUCUGAAUGAAUCUGUCAGAGCUCUGCCCGCAGUGUGUAAUUCACUUACUCGGCAAGAUGCUGUUCGCCAAAACCAGUGAAGAGUUAUUGGCUGCCUUGGGAAUGGGUGGGGGUGGGGGUGGGGGUUUAUCAUCCCAUUUGCUGCGGGAAACAGCAUUGAUAAAGAACUGCACCAUCUUCACGUGACUCUGGCAGCCUAUGAGAAUAUUCUGGAGCCGAUUUCAUUCACCGAUCACUAAGACACUCAUUCACCCUCUUUUCCUGCUGCAAGGUCGAGAUGCUGCUCCCUUCCCCCCAUUCUGUCAGACGAAGAUGAAUGUGUGCGCACAUACCCUUACACAAUGACCCUGUACCGUAGUUUACACUGCAUAUAAUGAAGUGUGGCCAUGAGGCAGUGACUCACAUCUAUGCGGCAGCUUUGUGGCAGUAAUUUAAUAUGUGCGGUGUGAUUUAACAACUUGUGUGUCUGCUGACUGUUUCUCUUUUAUUCUAUUUUGUAAAAAGCUGUAAUAAUCCACAUACUGCUUUAAAAUUACGUCUUGUUGUUCUUCAGAUUUGUAUGCCUUUUCACAUGCCCCUCUGUGCAGAGAAAUCCAGUCAUCUCUUAAGCGAUGAGGCAUCAACCGUCAGUGCCUUCCUCCCUUACUGUCACCUUUUUCGACCAUUUCACUGCUUUUACCUCAACCUUAACCGGGAAAAGCUGAGACGCCUGGGAAUCUCGGGCAUCAUUGACAGAAAGCACAAAAAAAAAAGGUUGCCAUGGCAGAUGAAGUAACUGAAUGUUGCAAUAGUGGUGGCAGAACAGGCUGCGAUAAAUAUGAAUUACCAGCACUUCUCUUUCCUUUACUGUAAAGCAGGAUGUCAGCAACUUACUGUAACACUCUCCUGAGGAAUUCUCAGACUCAGCAUCUAUUCAGUAGUUGGUGCUGCAAGGAUAACAGUGAAACUGUCAAGUGUGGCUGUACAUCAAUGUACUGAGUUGAUCAUAUUGACUGUUAGAUUGAUUGAUAAGAGUGCUCAUACUCUGGUCCGUAAAACCCAUUCCAGUUUUCUGUUAGUACAUGAGGAACAGCAUAGAUCUUGUCAAAGGAAAAGGCUGUUUUUACAGGAUGUAGCCUUAUUCAGAAAGUGACGUCUAAAGUCCUUUUUACCUGUAAGUUUUCUUAGGCUGAGCAUUAAGUGUAUAAUUUUCUAAAUGUCAGGGUAGGGAGUGAACUCGGUGUAGGAGUGAAUAAUUUAUGACGCACGCUGUAGCUUAUGUUAUUUUUGCGAGCACAGUAUGUACCAAUUGUCAAGCACAGCUUGAAUGUUCACACUCGAUGGGUAAAAUCUCGAUAAAGCUUGGACAUUCUGUAACACUUUCCCUCAUUAGAGCAUCUUGCUGAAAAAUUAAAGGAAGAGUGCAUGACUUCAACAUUAUCUGUUAUGCACAACAAUCAGCUUUCUGAAUUUUCAACAAAAACUGGGAAAGUAAGCACUGACGGUAGAGCCAUGUUAUUGGAUUGCAUUAGUUUGUUCAGGUGACCAUUAUGUUUUGACCAGUAGGUGUGUCGGUGUACAUUUCAGUUGACCACGACAGAGAGUAGAGUAGAAUACAGGGAUGCACCGAACCGAUAUUUGGAUUGGAUAAUCGGCUCUGAUAUUGACAAAUUAACUGGAUAUCAGAUGAUCCAGCGUUCUGAUCCACUCUUUUUUUUUUCUUUUAAUUAAUUUUUCUUUCAAUACAUGGAAGUCUUACUUCUUCUUGUCGUGUGCAAAUUGUUAUUUGUUAAUAAAUAAUAUUAAGUAAAUUUAUAUUAAUUUGUUACCUUUGUUUAACAAAGCUAAUGUCCAACCUGAUGCCUUCUCUCACAGGGCAAGGUAUACAGCUUAUUUAUUCAAUAGUAGUAUUGGAUUGGUAUCGGUUAUCGGCCGAUAUGCUCAGCCCAGGUAUCAGUAUCAGAUUGGACUGGAAAAACUGGAUUGGUGCAUCUCUAGUAGAAUACGAGUCUUUGUCUUGACUUCAGUAAUAGUUUCAUUAGUAAGCUCUCCAGUAUGUGGCUCAUUUUGUUAUUUUCAUCCCUGUAAGGGUAACGGUAGGUAAAUUAGGAAAUGUUUUUCGGGUGUUGCCACCUUGUGACAGACAAAUUGCAACCUCAGCUACUUGUCAGGACAGGACAGAGAUUUAAUAACCUAGUCAACCAAAUAUGUCUGGCCUCCAAAAAUCAAGUGAAGGUGGCAAAAAAUUAUGAAAUGUAGUGGCGACAUAUUCAAACGUCAAGUCUGUGUGCGAGACCAUGCGGGCAGUUUUGAGAGAUAUUAUCUAAAAAGAUAUCGUUGAUCACACACAGUGUUUAGUUCCAGCUUGAUGGAUGGAGGAGCUCUGUGGAUGUGAUAAGUGCCACUGAAAGGUUGUUUUGUUAUCGUAAGCAAAUUCCAUACGCAAAUCAAAUCAUGUCUCAGCUCAUAACCUUGAUUUUAAUGAACUCCCCGUUCAGUGUACUUUGACAGUUUUGUCUUCGUAAGCUUUACAACAGCUAAAAUGUAUACAGUUCAGCUUUUUGUUUUACUGUGAUGGCGUUUUGAUAGCCAACAGAUGGCUAUCCUGCUGUCUCUCCUAACACACAUCAAACCAUGCUUGCAUAACCCAGCACCACAGUUCAGCAUAUUGCAUGAAUCACCAAAUAUUCAGAUCCUUACGUUUAUACAAGGGCUGUGGACUUGGCAGAUUGUCCCCCGCCUCUGUUCUUCGAGUUGGUAGUCCCAUGCAGUUCUGCCAUUACAAUGUGCUGUGUAGCAGUGAGAACACCAGAAGGAGAGAGGUGGGUGGUAUGGCAUGCAGAGACCAAGGCCUCUAUUGUUGCAUCUGCUCAAUCAGGAGCUUGUUCACUCCUACAGUGCAUCCAGCUAACACCUACGCUCAUACACCGUUGGACUUGACGGGUGGAAGAUUUUUUGAUUUUCCCUUUCUCUUAGCGGGGCCGCGGCUACUACCAAUGACAGGCUGUGCCACCGUUCACCUACAUUCUCAUUUCUUUGUCUUUUGUUUUGACAGCAAUCCAAGUAUUACAUAACUUAAAAGCUUUGGAAAUAACAAAGCACUGUACUGAUGGAUUGUGAGAUGUUAUGUGUUCGGCUGUUUGGCAAAGCAACAGGGAACUGUACGUCUGGAAGAUCUUUAUAUGGAACUUUUCCUAUGAGUGUUUUCAUUUGCUCAGACCCACAUGAGCAGCUCCCUAUUCAAAUCCUUCAUCUGUACACAAAAAGUAACAUGAGUCAUCGUGAAAGCAGUCCUGCUGGAAAGCUAAAUGGACCAGACUGCCAUUGUUCAAGAUUGUAAGGAUGGUGGGAACAGCCGUGAAUGUUGCUGUGGAAUCGUUUUUCAAAGUCCCACUCCGAUCGUUUUUUUUUUUUUUUAAUUAUUUCAAGUGUUUUCAGUGGUCGUUAAAUUGUGAUUAUAAAGUUUUUAGCCAAAAUCACGUUACCUGUGUCAUUUUCAAGGGCUUUUCAUCUGCAGAGCUCUAGUAGAUCAUGACCAAUUCACCUCUGAGUCGUGGGUGGAGACAACACUAGUUUGCAGCUUAACAUUGCUGGUGUAGUAGAAGUGUCAGGUGAUUUAUGAGCUAUUCAGCUCUCGGACACUAAUGUCUUUGAGGGGAUGAUGAAAGCUAAUAUCAUAUUUAGCUUUCUUUCGAGUAAUUGCAAUCUGCAAACGCACAUGCUUGUUCCGCGAUCGUCCUCUCUACUUCUCCAAGUCUGGCCCAUUAAGCGACAUGCAAUUUUGUACCUACUUUGGGUACAAAUUGCAGGAAAGGUUUCUCAUUCUCUCUCUGGUCACCUUUAAAGGUGUGACCUUCUCCAUCUUUGUACCCUGACAAACCGGUACAGCCUAUCUGGUGUGUAACCUGCAAAUCUGCAUGCAUUGAGAAAUCUCCCAUUAGCAUUUUACAGCAGAGCCUCCUUAAAGUUUUUUAUACUUCCUCGUCUUGCAUUUUAGUCACACGCUGAAUUUCCAAGCUGCCUGCUCAGUAACUUUCCUCCUGCUCUCCCCCUUCAUCAUCCAUGACCUAGUUUGAAAUUUAUAGCUGCUCUCUGAAAUAAAAACCAGGAGGCCUUUUCCUCUCCAAAUGCCCCUCUCUAUAUCUCAUCUCAUGUUCUCUAACCUGUUCACCUUAAACUGUGUAAACAGACGCCUGACAGAGCAUCUGCGUCAAGACCAUUAUUUACAGAAGUCGGAUGUGUGUCUAAGACAACCUGUCUCCUGAAUAAACCGGAAUGUAUCUCUCCUUCGACAGCAAACCAAUGCGGGAGAGGACGCUCAUCUGUAGUCUAGGUCUUGGAGACUAAUGUGUCCACCAGAGAACAUCCGACUGUCCUCUUUAGAAAGCAACUUUGAACUCAUAACUAAGUCACUCUAAUGAAGUAUUGGCAUGCAGACAAUGCCCCGACAUAAACCAGUCAUGUAGCCAAGCUCAUGUUUGAUUUCCAGCUUCUGUAGUGACGUCCUCGUCACGUCCAGGAUUGCCUUGGGUGAUGGGCGGGAACUCAUAAUGAUUUUACCGUGAAACGUGGCUGAAUGAUGUCAUAGGCUUGGCUGCAGCGGCUCACUCAAAGCCGGGUUUGUUGGUAUCAUGACGUCAUGUGGGUGGUGUUUGCGCAUUUGUUAUACAAUAUGUGUUGGGUCUUUUUCAUUAAGUAUUUGAAAGCAGCUUAAGAGAGAGCCUCUCUGAUGGAAGAAAAAACAUCCUGUUGUCUGACAGUGAGGCUCACUUAUUUGUUCAACUGCAGGUACUGGAACAAUUCAGAGGAAGUUUUGUGUUUCAGGAAGCUUGGCAUUUCUGAAUGGAUUGUAAACAGAUUGCUCUUAAAGAGCAUUUUUUUCUAGUCUGACUAAUCAAAAUCCUUUCUACACUUUCAUUCACAGACGAGGGGGUUCUUGCAUUUGACUUUAGAGAAAUAUAUCAAUUGUUUGGUGGAAGUUUGAUGUAUGUCAACCUGCCAUCACACACCCCAAACGUUGGAAAAGGAGAGGAUUAGUGUACCUCAUUUUACCUGAAGACAACGCAGGAUCCAUCAGCCAAAAGCUAGCCAAAAACCUCAUUAACAACCUCAGUAAAUAAACAGAGCAGUGAAUGGCAAAUAUGAAGACUGCAUAACAGUGACAGUGAAACAAUGACACCCCUCAACUACACUUAAAGAAACAAAUUACUGCCCCAAAAAAGUACUGGAGGACCCUCAGCGAGCGUGACUCAUGGAAGUGAACCUCCUUUGCAGCAGACUUUAAUUUCAGUGCCCCAAAAAAUCUAGUUUUUUCAUUUUUUGAUUACAUUUUUUGGAUGUUUAAAAACUUUUUGGCUAUUUUGCAGUUUAAUUUGACGUAACCUUCGAGUCAUCCUUGUUAAAUAUGUUAGUCUUAGCCGCUGCCCGACUGUAAUGUUCUCGCUUUCCUGCCAGCUGAUAAAAAUAGCAGAGGUUGACCUCUGGGCGGCUGCUGUCUCUAUUACAUAGCCGUUUUCAUAAUCUCCAGAGCUUUUUUUUUUUUUUCAGUCCAAGAAAAUUUCCUCUUAACCAUAGACCGCCCCACAUUCCUCUUUGACAAUUGACAUAAUAAGACAUUGCAUAAAACAAUAUUCAUCAAACCCAGAAGGUCUGGAGCUACAGGAUAAUUGGUUGAUUCUCACAAAAGUGUGUUUGCGGUCUUUUGUUGCAGUCGUUGACACUGUCGUUGAUAUUAAACGAUUUAACUUGGAAACUUCUCCUCCCAAAAACAUGCACCGUCAUGCUCAGUUCAUGUCUUCUGUAUCUUGCUGUAGUUCCAGUGAAAAGCCGCACACUGAUCGAAAAAGUUGCAUCAGAUUUCUGUUAUGUUGCAACAGCUCUUUCUUGAGCUGAGGGUGUUCCUCUCUGAAACAAGUCCAGCUAUGUUGUUGUUCCAUACUGCAACACAUAGCUUCUCUAACUGCUGACACAUUCCUUCUCAGGUUCUUUUAGUGUUGAGUGACAUAAAGGUCUACUUAUAGAGUGAGGAAAUUGUAUAGUUUUGAACUAUCACUUUUUUGUGCCGUAAAUAUCAGUUCAUUCCUUACGUGCCUACAGUUCUCUGGGAUAGUCUGUUGCUGCUGUAGCCACUAGACUCUUUACCUAAUCUCUAUAUCACAGUAAUGAACAGAUUGAAUUCUAUGAUUACAACCCAUUCAGUUUAUCAUUAACAACUUUUUUUUCCUUUAAACUGAGUCACAUUUAAAAGAAAAUUUGCUCCUUUGCAAUUUUUCAGAGACCUAAAAUGAGUCCAUUAAUUGUUUGAGCGACUUAUUCUGUAGCUGCGCUUUAUUUGUCAGGUGCCGUAUUUGCCUCGAGUUAAGUUGAGAUGACAGUUUAGUUACGGUACUGGAGUUUUUGUUAAUAAGAUUACUGAAUAAUCACUCUGACCUCUUUUUCUUACCUGUUUCUUUGUGGGAUUGUGCACAUUUUUUUUCUGACUUUUCUUAAAUGCCAAAGAAAAUCGUUGGACAGCCUGCCAGCUCUCUUGUUUUCUUGCCCAGUAGAACAAGUACAGGCACCAGCCACCCCUUGAAGACUUGGGAUGUAAUAUGCGCCGCCUCAGAGUCUCUGGAUUUUCUGAAACACCCUCUCUGAAUUAAAUAGGACAUGUUUCUUUAUUCACGUAACCGUUUAUCCAUAUGGAAAAUGUGUUCAGUGUAAGCAGGAAAGGACUGAGUCACCAUGUAUUGUUUUGAUUGUUUUCUCCGGCACUUGAAGUCCCUAGCCACAUUCCAGGAACUAAUACUCAAUGUUCAGUCAUUUCAAGUGUUUCUCGACAUAUCCGGUCACCAUAGAGACUGUAGAGCAACAUUUUAGCCAUCUUUCAAACACAUGUAACACAGCUGUCUCAUCUAGGCUGGAAACUUUCAGAGGUUAUGUAUUAUUGUAUUAUUCACUGCUUUACUUUCCGGAGCGUUGGGGUGGGAAAGGUGAAUAUUUACUUUGAUGGAGUUUGGUUACCAUGUCUAUUUUGGGUUGAUGAGGCACCCGUGUCUGGUCUUUACUUCACAGACAAAAAUCAAGGCUGCUUUUGAUGUUUAAUGAAACGAAUAAAGCAUACAGCGAAUGUCUGUGGAGCUUUACCAUCGCAGUUUAAUGUGAGUCUGAAACUAUCAUCUGUGCUAGAAACCACUAGAUUUAUCGCCUGUGUUUUCUUCUCGGAAAUUAUUUUAACAUAGUGCCUCAACACAACAUUCCAAGUUCUGCUCUCUUCCAACACUGUUUGCUAACGUCACACUUUAUCAAUAUAGACCUGAGUAAAUGCCAAAUGACCUGGAUAUUGACUCUGUGGUGUUAUUUUAUUGCGAGUAGUGAGUCAGGUGAUCCUUUUUAACACGACUCGUGACUGAGAGGGAGUGUUUAGUGGAGUGCCAGCGGAGGUGAAUACAGACAAUAUCCUGUUAAAGGUUAGUUUAUUGUUCAAGAGGAACUGUUAUGUUGAAGUGCGUUGACUUGAACCGGUUUUUGUAUAAACAGCGCCAAACCGAAAGUGAGACGAUACCGGUGAACCAGUGUGUCAUACGGAGAAUUAAAGUUGUUAGUGAGGUGCAGAGAGCGAUGUGUCACAAGUUUCUUUGUUUGAAAUUUGGAUGAAACAAGAUCCUGGAAAAAAAAACAGAGACAUAACUUUAUCGCUGUCUUCAAAUCCACAGAGAUCUCAGUGUUCCUGUGUUCUGUGUUGAUGUUCUUAUAAAUGCACAGACUGAGCACUCUGAUGUAGACCACGGCUGAACAGCACAUCUGCCACACCAGAUGAAAUCACUGCAUGAUCAAACUGAACAAGCUUACAUACUUUUCCAAAGUUUUCCAGAGAAUUGGAGAAAAAAAAAACACUUGCCUUUGUAUCCCGGAAAAAACCUUACUCAUAUCAACAGUUUUUUUUCUUACUCUGUUAAGAUUAUGUUUAAAAGCUUAGUUUUGUCAGACAUGAAUCAUACUGAAAGUGAUCCAAGAGAGAGCUGAUGAAGCUACUACAACAGAUUAAGCCUGUGUGGACUUCAUGGAAAUGUAGAAGUUUGGGUUCAGGUGUGAUUAGUUCAUGAGUUCAGUUCAGGUAAAGUAUGUUGACACUGUAACUUGCAAUGAAAGGGAAGUUACACCACUUCCUUUUUAUAGGAUAGUAUCAUUAGAUUACCAUGCCACUGAUAGUGAUUAUGGAGCAUGAUCUAAGCAUGAUACCUGUAAAAAAAAAAAAAUUAAAAAAAAAGUUUUUUUGGAAAAGUAUAUGCAGUUUGAUACAAUAGCAACAAAAAGCAUCUCCCAAAAUAGUCUUGUUUAUCAUUUUUAAUUUCCAACCAGCCCACAGUUCAGUGUUGUGUGGAGAAAGUCACAGAGAUCAACAAAGACAUACCGUAAAUUAGAUCAUUGUUAUAUUGGAUACUUGUUUGAAGUUGAUCUUUUCGCACAAAGACUGCUUCAGCACAUGAUACCAAAGACUACACAGGCCAAAAUGCUCACUCUGAUUUCAUCUAAAAGGUACUUGAGCUUAAGUGGUAUUCUGUAAAACUUGAGUUGCACUGGUUAUGAAUUUUCUGUGACAGAGAUUUGAUUUUCCUGUCUCAACAGAUAAACCCUGUGUUUUGUAUGGUAUGGAGGAUGUCAGUAGAAAGCAGCAGUGAUUCUUUCUGACCAGGCAUAGUAUUUGUGGUUGAGUUUGUUGUUGAUGAGCAGUUGUUUGUGUGGGUGAAACUGAUGUUUUAGAGCCAGUGAUGCUGAUGGCAGUACAAAGCCUUGCGUCCAGUGUUCCAGAUCAGCAGGGCAGAAAAACAGAGCUCAGCAUUCACUCAGUCAGUGGACACUGGGCAGCUGAGUGGCUCGGUAGCGCAGGCAGUGGAAUGCCAGGAGCUGCUGAUCGUUCACACACAAACAAGCUCAAACUGGCAGAAUUACCCGGCAAAUCAAAUCAGGAGGAAAACCUUCUUCCAGAGAGUUGGGACAUUAUGAUUGUUGGUUUGCAGAUUAUUUAAACCCUAUAUUCAAUGAAAGAUAUUGCAAAGACAACAUAUCUGAAAGACGGAAGAUAGAGGUGUGACCCUUGAUUUAGUUUUUUUUUUUUUUUUCCCUGAUUUUCUGUCAGAUGGAGAUGCACCACAUGUGGUCUCAUUACAUUCAGUUUAGGGCUGGGCAAGCAGUUUGAGCAGUUUACCUCGAUAACGAUAAAUGGACGAUAACUACUCCACAAGCUGCGAGAUUUAGAGAUUUAGAUGUAGUGCCUUUGGUGUCCAAAACAAUGUCACAUUUUGAUCCAUGUGGCGAUGGAACAAUUUUCCACUUCAUCUGAGUUACCCUUUGUUAAUAAGGACUCACUUCUGAAUAAAUGAUUAUCACUGGAAGUUUUUCGCCGAAGGAGCAAACUGCACAUAUCAUUAGCUUUGGUUAGAAUAUCGGGCUGCAUCUCUCUCUGUUGUGCUUUGGGAAUUUCUGUUCUCUUGCUGCUCACUGUAGCUCCAAGACAAAUAGGCAGUCGUAUGCUCGGGAGAACACAGCUCCUUUAUUAGCGAGGCUCAGCUGACACCAACUGGGCUGACCCCAAAAAGUCUUGUGAGCAGCACUCACCUUUUUAGUAGAUCUGGAACAGUUUGUCCCCAUGCUCAUCUGUUAGAGACACUGCAUAUUUUCAGCCUGUGCCUCACCUCUGACUGAGAUUUGUAAUUGAUAGGCCGGCUCUGCUACCUCCAUCUUUAAGCCAGACACGGCUUACAGUCUCUCUUUUCCUCUCUUGUCCCAAUUCAAAUAUUAAAAGUACAUAACUGCUUUGAUUUACGGUGUUACGAUUGUUUCAUUGCUGGUCAAAACUGAGGUUGCUUUUGCAGCGAUCCCCACAAGCUCAGCAUCGUGCCUCAUUUCAUAAUAUCAUGACCAUCCGUCAGUUUGCUGUCGACUCACCAGUCUGGUUUCAUGUUUGGACUUUCUUGUUUUGUAACGAUGCCAUUCGAGUCAUGGAUGAGAGAAAUCUAGCGAUAAAGAGAAGGAAGGAGCGGGUGCUGCUUGUUGUGCUGGCCGUGGCCCAGUUACAUAACAGCUGGCCGGCCUUUGCAUAAGCGCUGAGCUUGUCUGUGUUUUGCAUACAUGAGAACUGAUCAUUUGCAGACGCAUUGCUCCUGGACACAGUGACACGUGUUGCGUGCUGAGAGUCCUUUUUUUUUUUGUUAAAAAAAUUAAAGGACUCUGAGUCAGGAUCAAAUUGAGAAGUUGCUCAGCUGAAGUGAGGCCUUUUAAAAAGAUGCGAAGUUGAAGGUGAAGUUUUUGUUUGCAGAAACAGUUGUCUUGGGUUCGCUGCAGUUCUCAGAGGGAUGACACUGAAUCUGUCAAAACUUAAUUUCCUUUUUUCCAGCUGGUUUGACUCAAGUAAAACCUAAAACGUCAAUGAUUUCCAGGUUAGAAAGCUCUUCACUGAUACACCGAUUUUGUUCCCCCUUUCCUCUUAGGCCUAUGAGCGCCGCUUCCCCACUUGUCACCUUAUCCCCAUGUUUGUGGCCAGUGAUGUGGUGAGCGAGGAGACCAACGAGGAUGGUUCCUCCCAGAAGAUCGAGCGCCGCUGUGCCCUGGACGUCGACGCCCCGCGGCUGCUCAAAAGGGUAUAUUGCAUUUGUUCAGUACCAUGUACAGAAACUUUUAAAGUUGUCGUGCAUCACUUCGUGACUUUUAACACAAGAUAUUCUCUCUCUCUGUCUCUCUUUUACUCUGUUUCUCUCACUCCCUCUCUCUUUCUUUCUCUCUCUGUCUGUCCCUCUCUCUCUCUCUCUCUUUGUGUUUGUGGUUUGCAGAUUGCUGGUGUGGACUAUGUCUACUUCAUCCAGAAGAACACGCUGAACAGGAAGGAGAGGACGCUUCACAUCGAGUCCCAUAAUGAGACCUUCUCCAACAGGGUGAUCAUCCAUGAGACCUGCUGCUAUUCGGUUAGUAGUACGCAUGCUUGUGUUGUGGAGUGCGUGCUGUUAACCUAAAACAGCUCUGAACACACGUGUCUAUGUUUGUAGUAUCACCCUUUCAAGCCGGUGAAUUAAACCGAGCUAAACAAAUAAGCGAACAGACAGAUGAGCAAACACUCGUCCUGUUAAGCUGCUGCUCUAAAGCUGAAGGGCGAGCUGCCACCAGCACACUCAUGUUAGUGUUUUUUCUCCCUCUAAUCUCCUCCCUGCUUCCCUGCAGAGAAAGCCAUGUUGAGAGUAGAAUUUAGCAUGUAGCUAUCUCUGCUUAUCACUGCCUGUGAAUUAUUCAGCACCAUCACAUGUGGCUGAAUGCUCUCAAAUGCCGAUCUGAUCCCACCUUCCCUUUCUUUCCUCCCUUCUUCACCGGUGCAUGCUGCAUGCUUGACUCUGUCUCCAGAUCUGCAUGUACAAGAUUGGAUGUGCCCCGAGUUAAUGAGGUCAAGCACAUUGUGUUAGCCUCCAACCAACUAGAGCGCUAAUUUUAGGUCGGGGCUGCAUUGAGGUUCUUACUGCAUGAUUUAGCGUACUGUGCUAACAGUGACCGGGAUGGACAGCUCAAUUAGAUGGGGCUAAUGGAUCGACUCAGGCUGAAAUAUUUUGGUGGUCAAGGGUAAUGAAGCUGUGCUAUCAAAACGCAUUAAACGCUUCACUUGAUCUCACAGCCCAAGAUGCUCAUUUUUGAAUCAGAAAUAUUUAUGUAGAGUUGAAAAUGUUUUUAAAAAAGGAUCCUGAAAACAUUUUUUUUUUGUUAUACCAUCCAAACAUGGUUGUAAAUUACUUAAAUGCUGGUGAAGUAUAUGAACUGAGUAACGUUUGAAUUACCGGGCAGUUUGUUACAGGUGAAAAUUUGUUGAGCAUUUGGAUUUCAAGGAUCCAAAUGUUCAAUACAAGGAUUGUUUUGAGUCUGACAUUGAAAGUUACAGUUUUCAAAACAAAACAAAUAAUUUUAAUCCUGUUAACCGGAAACUGCCCAUAAAAGUAAAACAAUGUGAAUCUGUAACAUCUGCGUUGUUAAAGUGGAUCAAGAGACCUUAUCUCAGAUCAAAAUGUGUCUGUUUGCUGAUGCCAGUCACAUGCUUGAUUCGUGCAGUCAUCAAGUUACACCACUUAAUGACAUUAAAUACUGAUGACAUUAAAUACUGAUGGCAAACAAUCUGCUGCUAGAGUUUUUAUUUUAACAGGUGAGGGUGACAAUCAGCUUGGGCUGUAAACUGAGAGGCCGCUGCUUUAAUAUUUUCUAUGCUGCUCUUUGCUAAUAAUACAGGAGAGAUAACAGACACUGAUGAGUUCAGCAAACUAGUGAGUUUUGAUAAACUAAUAAAGUCAGAACACUGUCAGGAACAUUCAGAUUUGCACGCUGCAGUCAUUGUCAACAUAUGGUAAAGAUGCUCGCGGUGCAGAGCCCAGCUGUCAUGAAGACGAAUGGAGCAAAGACUUGCUGAUUAAGACAAAAAGACCAUUGAGUUAGAAAGUAAGAAAAGGAAAAGCUUCUUAAUUUUAGCCGAUACUGAUCUACUAUGAUAUGUUGUGUCACUGAUCUUCUUGAUAUGCUUAGUUCAUCUAUUUUCAAUUUAAGUUGAGCACACAAAGAAUGAAUAAACCUUAUUUUUCGGGCGAUAAGGCCCACCAGAUUAUAUGGCACACAGUGAAUUAACGUGUCUAUGUUCACACAUGAGGCACACCGGAUUGUAAGGCGCAUUAAGCAUCUAUUGGUUUAUUGUUGAUAGCACAUACUCCGGGCCCAGGCUGCCUUGCAUGAAUGCAUUCUAGUAUAGUCAUUACAGUCUUGUAGACUGCUCAGGGGUCCUGUUACGGGGCUGAUCAGGUAGUGACACAGUGUACCAUUAUGCUCCGAAUAUCCAUGAAGCGGAGUGGCUUUGUUGCUUAGCAAAGUUGAACUUACACAUUUCGACAGAUUUUUGAGCGCAUUGUUCCACAUAAAAUCGGUCAGUAAGCACAACAAGUAAUCACACUUAAGGUGCGCUGUCAAUUUUUGAGAAAAUUAAAGGAUUUUAAGUGCCCCUUAUAGUCUGAAUAAUACGGUAUUCGAGUGUUUAUAUAUUAAGUCCCCACUUUGUCUCCUACAGUCCACCUAAAAUUUGCCAUAAUCAGGUGAAAGAUCGAUAACUCUGUUUCACUCUUGUCCAGAUAUUUUAGUUUUGUCUAAAAGAGACUCUGUUUUUUGCACAUCACCUCUUAUAACCUUUACAUCACACAUCAGAGACAAAAGUGCUCUUGUCUCCUCGUGCUCUGUUCUUUUGAGCUCCUAACAGUUCUGGUUGAAACAGUCCUGGCGAAUUUUAUAUGGACAGACUGGCACACACACUCCUGCUCACAGCGCACAGUGUGAACAUUUCCCUCUGUGUGCGUCACCAUCAAGUGGAGCUGGGUGUGUAGUAACCAUAGCAACCUUGCUCUUCAUUUUUGGAUGUGAAUACAGUACAAUAUACAGUACAUGUUGGUGUUGUCUUUGCAGGUUCACCCAGAGAAUGAGGACUGGACGUGCUUUGAGCAGACGGCUAGCCUGGACAUCAAGUCUUUCUUUGGCUUUGAGAGCACCGUGGAAAAGAUUGCUAUGAAGCAGUAUGCCAGCAGUAUCAAAAAGGUGUGUGUCUGUCAGUACAUCACAUCAUUACACACACACAUUUUUUAUACUCUCUUUGUUUGAGACACAAACCUUAAUUUUCAUAGCAUGAAUAGUUGCCAAAAAAGGCUUAAUGAGAGUCGUAGGUGUUCUGCAGGAUUGACAGCGACCUCUUUCAACAGGUCUUUAGAUGUAGUCAGUCUGUAUUUGCAUAAAUAAGCUUACAUAACGUCUUUGAGUGGACAGGGGUCCUCUACUGUGCACUCAAUGAGUCACCAGCUUUCAUUUUGGGUGAAUGUGGGAAACGAUGAAUCCACUCCAGUUAUUCUCUCUCUCUCUCUUCAUUUCUAUAACUAGACACUUCACUUAGUAAUAUUUGAUUAAUGCAGACCUGUGUGGGUGCGAAUAAAAUGCAAAGAUCCAUUUAUUGAAAAUAGUUGAUGUGUGUCUUGUGUCCUUGAAUUCAUUCGCUUUUUGUCUGCUUUUGUCCAAUUUCUAACACAUCUUUACUCAACUUUUGUUCUUGCAGGGAAAAGAAAUCAUAGAGUUCUACUUGAAAGAGCUGGAAGAUGAGGGGAUCACCCGUGUGCCACGAUGGACUCCCUGCUCUCUUCCCAUGCCUCUCCCCAGGCCUACCAGCCUGUCCACCAGCCCACAGAUCAUCCCCAAACUUGCGAUCACACCCUCUGUGUCUGUCCCAACACCUGUCGAUGCCAAGGACAGCGCCUCCCAGGACACCAAGCAGGACAACAGCACACCUCAGACUGACAGCCUAACAGAGAUCCUGGCUGGUACACCUGACGGUAUGUUCCUACACAUAAUUCAAUGUGAUAAAGAACAUCUUAGUGCUACUGACUGCCUUGAUGAACCUUGCUAUACCUAAAAUAUGUUAAUCAUAGUUUUCAUCUCCUCUAUUUCCAGAUAAGUUGGAUGCAGACUAUAUCAAACGUUACUUGGGCGACUUGACCCCUCUGCAGGAGAGCUGUCUGAUCAGACUUCGCAAGUGGCUGCAGGAGACACACAAAGGAAAGGUGUGGAUUCAAACGAAUUGAUAUGAUGGACCUAAAGUGUUUUUUUUCCAUCACAAUAAAGAUCUUAAUCAGGGGCGUCUGUAAGAGGCUCUAGUGGUUGUAAUUAGUUAUAUUAAACUUCCAGCUACUUUUGACAUGGUAUGAUGUGUUAUCAUUGGUUAAUUCAAAUUCUGAUUUUACUGAUGGGAUUUAACACAAACUGAGCACAUUCUCCCUUCAUUUUGCAGAUCCCUAAGGAUGAGCACAUACUGCGUUUCCUGCGUGCCAGAGACUUUAACAUAGACAAGGCCAGAGAGAUCCUUUGCCAGUCACUGACCUGGAGGAAGCAGCACCAGGUGGACUACCUGCUGGAGACCUGGAGCUCACCACAGGUCCUUCAGGACUUCUACACUGGAGGCUGGCACCACCAUGAUAGAGGUAGGUGGUGUGUGCAUUAAAUUUGAAGCAGAGCUUUGUUCUUUGUGAACAUGGGCCCUGUAAAACCUUUUACUGCUAGUAAACAGCAUGAUGUUCGUAAGCUCAGCUGGAGGCGAAGCAAUCCUCUCAACAUGCUAGCCAGUCCUAGCUGGCAAACCAAACUGGAGCAGAUUUGCCAACUUGUGUGUAUAGUGGAUGAAUGUGCCUGAUUUAGUUGGUGUUUUAGAGAAAUUCAGAAUUCCUCUUAUCGCCUCCAAAGUUUCUGAUUGGAGGGUAAUUAUGAUCUUUCAUACAAAAAAUGCUAUCAUCCCUUUAUGGUAGUAAAAUGCUAUAUGAAGUGUAAUCUCCACACUAUUCUGGCACCCUACAGCUCAUUCCAUUUUUGUUUCACUCCUGUUUUGCUUGGUUUUCCCUCAAGCAUUAGGUUGUCUCCAGUAACAUUUUGUCACACUAAGAUCCUUUUUUAACUGGAACCAUAUAUUUACGACAUCACUACACUGGAGUUGCUGGUGUACCAGUUAGUUAGUAGGUUUGAUUUUUUUUUUUUUACAGUUUAAGUUUUGAUCCAACAUGAAGACCAGCAAAUAAUUUUUUUUUCGAGGGGUGAAACUUUUAAGUUCAAGGUUUCGUAUCGAAUGAUAAACCUUUAAUAAAGAAAAAAAAAUGAUGGGAUAAAUUCUGGCACAUGAUCAUUUUCAGGAACAGUUAAACAGUUUAAAUAUAAUACAGGGUCACCUGUUCAAACAUACCAAUACCCCAUACCUCUGAUUAAUUUUGGCAGCAUCUGAGCUGGCUAAAAUUUACCACACGCUGAUGAAGGUCUCAGAUCUUCAGUUUCAUCCACUCUGAAGUUACCCACACGCACGCACGUGUGCGCACGCGCGUGCGGCACGUGUAAUUCAUAGCCACUCAGAGUCUCUGGUUAUGCUUGUGAAUUAAAUAUGAGGCUAAUUUGUCAGCAGUAUUUGGUUACCCGAAUAGAGUACACGUGCACACAGUCUUUCCUCAUUCUGCUGCAGCCUGUUGAUUCCUUGUUUGCAGCAUAAUAAAUGAAUCAAAAUCUUAAUGAGUCAUUAUAAAUAAAUGGAUUUCGAAUGACUGUUAUGUUCCCACAUCAGUGAAUAGAUUGUCCCUGCAGAUUAAUCUUUCAGCUGUAUGCGUAUGUAGUCAACAGUAAUGAAACCUGAGAGCAGCUCUCUGGGUUCAUAGUCACUUACUGUCCUACGCAACAGAAUGAAAGACAAACUAUGUAAACUUUUGCAUGUAACAUGAAGCCUUGUAGUAUUAAAAUAAGACUAAUGGAUUAUGUAAAUAUGUGUUUUCCUCCCCCAGAUGGCCGUCCUUUGUAUAUCCUGCGGUUGGGCCAGAUGGACACCAAAGGACUGGUGCGCGCUCUGGGCGAGGAGUCACUGCUCAGACAUGUAUGUAACACAAGCAGGAGCACACUUUGAGUUUGCCUGUGUUGGUGUAGGUUGAUUUGUUUGCAGGUCAAGCAGAUAGUUGGAUUACAGCAUUCAUUUACACCACCAUGCCCUGACAAGUGCAUUAACUCCAGGAUGAAUAGAGGACAGUACAUUUAAAAAUAGCCAGCCUGUUUAUAAUGUUGCCUUGAAUGAAUGUAAGCUGUUCUUGUAUGAGAGCCAAACGCUGAACUGUACGAUCACUUGAGACCCCUGAAUCCCUGAUGUCUCAUUUUAGGUGCUGUCCAUUAAUGAAGAGGGUUUGCGAAGAUGUGAAGAAAACACCAAGGUGUUUGGUCGACCCAUCAGGUAUUCACUCAGUACACACUAAUGCGAAGCCAAAACAGUCAAAUGUUUAUCAGCUGUUUUUAUAAUUGAUUUUCAGAUUGUUGAGUGAAAUACACUCAAUUUUGAGACAGCGUCCAAAAAUUAGAAAUCUAUUUCUCUUUCCCUUUAUUUCUUAUAUUUAAAAAAAACAAAAGGCACAACUGAAGUUUGAACAAUUAUUGAUAAUUGUUAGAAUAGCAAGUCAGAGUAGUUGGGCUCCAGAGGGAGGAAGUAACCAGGCUCAUCUCCAAGUGCAUUCAUUCAUCCAGAUGGUGCCGUAGAGAGAGAGGGAGAGAGAGUGGAGAUGGUAUCUGUUAUCUGUCAGCUCUUCAACAGGAGGAGGUGGCUAAAGUAAGAACCACGCAGGAAGGCAUGUGAGCUAUGAAUGGCUGCAACGUCACAGCUCUCAGUCAGAGGAGAUAGAGGGGAAAAGGGGGAUGUGAAAGGAGGCUGAGAAGGAGGGGGAAGGCUCCGGAAUUAGCAGGCAAUGCUAUCACCACUUAAGCCUCACUUCAGGAUGACAGGUGCUAAGUGGUUAGAGAGAGGCUGUUGCACAGUUGUGUGUGCAUGUGCGUGUGUUUGUGGCAUGCAUGUAUCAACACUAAUCCCCCUCCCUGCCUCUUCUGUAGUUGUUGGACGUGUCUGGUGGAUCUGGAGGGGCUGAACAUGCGUCAUCUGUGGCGACCAGGAGUCAAAGCCCUGCUGAGGAUCAUCGAGGUUGUGGAAGCAAAUUAUCCAGAGACUCUGGGGCGUCUUCUUAUCCUGAGAGCUCCCAGAGUGUUCCCUGUCCUCUGGACACUGGUGAGAGCUUACAGCUGAGGCAAUCUGCAACAGCAUCUUCACAGAACCAGUGUGAAAACAAGUGACCGGCUCACUUUACCUUUUACGUUUGUGACAAUAGAAACAUCAUCCAACACAUCUUUAAAGCAGGGAUACCACAAGUUCUCUUUUUUUACCACCCAUUGUGUUAUUUUUUUUACUUUGUUUAAAUUAUCUUCAGAGCCUCAGGAAAGUGAGUCGAGUUCAGGGCUAAAAGGAUGAUAUCAGUAACAUUAUGAACAGCCACACUACAAUCAUUUUUAUUUGUUUGUGUUAUCAAGCUAUGAUGCCUUUAAGGCAAUUUAUAAUGCACAAGAUAUUCCAGAAAAAAGAUCAAAAGUCUCAGGAUAAAGGAAAAAGAAACAUAUGUAAGGGAUGUUUCAAAAUGAUCAAAAUGCACCAUUAAAUAACUGAAACAGAAACCAAGUGAAAUAACAAUCCAAAAACUUAAGUUGAAAAGUGACUUGCUUUACCUUUAAAUGGAUUUAAUUAGAUGUACUAAAACAGCCCUAAAAAAACAGAAAGGUAGUAUAAAAGAGGAGCUAAGUUACUCAGUACAGCAGAUACUUUACAAUUCCUCUCAUUCUGCUCUGCUGCGAUUUUGUUUGAAAUAUGUACAUUUUUGCAGUGGUCUGGUUUGUUAUAUGAUUUGUUGACACAUAUCCAUGUCCGCCUCUGUCUUUAGGUGAGUCCGUUCAUAGAUGAAAACACCAGGAAGAAGUUCCUCAUCUAUGCAGGCAAUGAUUACCAGGGCCCUGGAGGCCUGGUGGACUACAUAGACAAGGAGAUCAUCCCGGAUUUCCUCGGAGGGGAGUGCAUGGUGGGUGUCUGAUGAAGACAGAAACUCUGACACACCCUCUUAAAGAUAUGAUUCAGUUGAAUAUGAACUUGUUAAGGCAGCUAUGCAGUUCUUAUUUUCUAUAUGUGCUCAUGCAUGCUCGUUCCUCUGCAGUGUGAGGUACCAGAAGGAGGUCUGGUUCCUAAGUCGAUGUACCGCACAGCUGAGGAGCUCGAGAACGAGGAUGUUCGCCUGUGGACUGAGACGAUCUAUCAGAGCGCCAGCGUCUUUAAGGGGGCUCCACAUGAGGUGAGACUUAAUGUUGAUCCCCAGAAUGAGAAGAAAAGCUGGAACGCCUGUGAUGCUGCUUGAAAUGAGUAUCUGGGCCAUGUUAACAGUGAGCUCCAUGUUGUCUGUGAUGAAAAGGAAAAGGUGAAGGUCUGCCCUCUACUGGCUGAAAGUGGUAGAUCGACUCUGUGCUGAUUUUGAAUUUAGAUGUGGAACAAACGCAGCAUGGCUUUGAAACAUAAUCCGUCUGUAGCAACAUGCAUUAAAUCGCAUUGCAUAAUUGAUACCAAAGGGAAAAGCAUCAUCAUGCAUAAUCAGCUCUUUGGAAAUGGUUUUAAUUUCAUUUUAAUGAGCCCAUAAGCUCUAAAACACAUGUUCACAUUUGUCUCCCACUGCUUUUUGUCCUUGCUGCUGUCUUUAUUUUAAUAGACUUAGCUGUUGCUUAAAGAUGUAGCAACAUAAAAAGGAUUCAGAUUAUCAAACAUAAUGUCAAAACUUCCAAGACGAAAUGUUUGCUUGUACUUAUGUUCUCUUGUUCCUCUCCUGAAACACAGUGUCAGGUCAAUCUUUUCAUGUUUACCCUCCCUCCUCUCUUUCACAGCUUCUGAUUGAGAUCAUAGACGCCUCCUCUGUCAUCACCUGGGACUUUGACAUAUGCAAAGGCGACGUGGUUUUCAACAUUUACCACUCAAAGCGGGCCCCUCAGCUUCCACGCAAAGACCCCCUGGGAGCUCAUGGCAUCACGUCCCCAGGAGGAAACAACGUUCAGCUCAUUGAUAAGUCUUGGACGCUGGGGCAGGAUUACAGCAUGGUGGAGUCCCCGCUCACCUGCAAGGAAGGCGAGAGUGUACAGGUGAUGACCCCCUCUUAAACAUCCUGAACACAAACAACACAACGUUAUACAUUAAAUGAACAAAGCACCUUUUUGAUUACUGAAGUGUGCCUCUCAUCUGCUUCAACUUGCUCACUUUUCCAAACAGUGGUGAUUGAUGCAAGUUGAAGUGUGAUCUGUUUGGGGGCAGGAGCACAGCACAUGCUCUACUGUAAAGAAAGGGAGCGUAUGGAUGGAUGGCAGGGGACACAGCUGCUGUUUAAUCUCAAUUAUCUUCAUGUUAUGACAGAGAAAGGCCAAACUGACAAAUCAAAUUAAAAUUUGAUCUCCCAGCCCAGAUUUUCUACAAGGCAGGACAGAAAUAGCUGGGCUGCUCCAAUCAGCUGUUAAACCCCAGAGUGUUGAAAAUGUGAUCUAGAGGUUCUGAUCUUCAUAGAUAUUCUUCAGCAUGAGGCUUGGCAUAAAGGUGUCGGUUUGUUUUGUAAUUUUCAAAUUAUAUUAUUCGUACCUUUUUAAGUAGAAAUGAUACACUUUAAUAGGAGCUAUUAAACAACAGUGAAAUGAAUUUGAUUGAUUCUUAAUGAGUUUUUUAAUUGACACCUUCUGCGCUGUGAAUCCAUCCUUCCCUCAGGGCUCACACAUUACCAGGUGGCCAGGUUUCUACAUCCUUCAGUGGAGGUUUCACAGCAUGCCAGCCUGCUCAGCCACCAACCUGCCCCGAGUGGAUGAUGUGCUGGCCACCCUGCAGGUCUCCUCCCACAAGUGUAAAGUCAUGUACUACACCGAGGUGCUGGGAUCUGAGGACUUCAGGUUAGUAGCUCAGUGUGUGUGGAGGAAAAAAUAUAUAUUAGAGCCAUUUGACACGAGUGAAGUUUGUUUUUAUUUGUCCAUAUUUUACCGUUAAAAGAGUGUGUAUCGUGACGUUUGAUAGAUUUGAUUUUAAACAUUACUCUUACAUGACUGCUCAUUUUUUCACUCCUGCUUUCUCUCAGCUUCCCCCCUCUACAGUCUACAGCUUAGCACCACGUGUGACUUCAAAUAUUGAUUGAUUGAUUUUCAUCUGUAAUGUUGCUAAAAUGGUACUCUGAGAGAGCUUGGGUGCACCAUGAGGCGGGGAAGCCCACAGUUAUUGUAACAAGGAUACCUCCUUCCUUUAAAGACUGCUUUAAUCCAGCUCUUUCUGUCCAAUCCACUCCUGUUCUAUUGCUCACAAUCCCCUCUACUUCCUCUCCCUGCUCUGUCUUCCUGUGAAGAACGGCUUGCUAUGAUGUGCAGAGUUUGUAAGUGGCUCAGUUUUGCCCCCCUUUUACUUUAGCACUAGCUCAUUGUCAUUUCUGCUUAUUGAAACAAACCUCUCAUGGCAGUCACGCUUCUAAUACAGUGAAGAGAUGCUUGUUUGCAUCUGUUUUUGCUUACUGCUAAGAGGAAGCUGUUUCUUUCGCUCACUAUGAAGAAAGAGUCUGUGCACUGAGCCGGCGGUCUAACCCUCCACUUGCUGACUUCAGUCACCCUGCUUGCAUGAUUAACAACAAAAGAAACCUUAGAGUGGGUUAACCUCAGCACAGUAGGGCUCAGCUGCUGUUUAUCCAGGUUUGCACAUGUACAACAUACUCUGACAUGUGCAUCAAGAGACAUCACCUGGUAUUUGUAGUUUUUUUUCUUGUUUUUUUUCUGUCAUCCAUUUUACUUCUAACUUACUGAAUCUCACCUUGUUUUAAGAGCACAUGCAGUUUCAUCUCUAUAGAUUUAAAAUGAACAGUUUACAGUUAAGAAACUGGAACUAAUAUUGAUGCCUCUUUACAACCUACAAAAGCAAACAAGACCAUUGAAGUGAAAAAAUUCCUGUAUUAUGAUUUUAAGUGCCUAUUACUAUUUGUAAGGGGUGGGUUUACUGUAGGGUUGGGUGGUAUCCAAAUUUUGAUACAAUCAUACCGUCUCCACAUUUUACCGCGGUAUACAGUAUGACUUUGACCAAUUAAAAAUUAUGACUUCAGGUUCAGACAGCAUCACCAAACUGUUGGCUUGUGCCUACAUCGUUCAGAAACUGAAUACCAAACACUAAUAAUGAAACAAUAACAACAUAAUGUGCACAGUAUUAACAACUUUUAUUAGAAACAGCAUAAAAGUGCACAACAGUCAAACAAUGAAAUUAACAUAACCAUCCGGAACAGUUUUGCUUCUUUUCUACUGUCUGGAAAGAGACCGUUUCAUUCGCCAAGUAUUUUGUCACUGCAUCAGUGCAGGUUUUCCAACGGACACAGUCCCUUUUGUACGGACAAACUUUGACGGAGUUACGGUAAUAACACUCCAGGCAUACAAAACAUAGCACCAGCUGUUGGUAUUGAAACUGAUACUGUCACUUUUGAAAACACCGCAGGCAUGCCUUAUUACCUUAUUACCGCCCAACCCUAGUUUGCAGCAUAGUUAAGAAAACCCUGUUGUGUCAACCUCCACAUUAACUUAUCUGAUGAGUGAUUGUUGAAAAGAGCAGGGUGUCAGAAAAUACAACUCGCACAUUUACACAACCAAAUCAUCAAAAAUUUCAGAGAUAUCAUUUAGUCCACAGGGGGCGCCAAAGUCAACACAAAUAGAAAGUUCCCCAUGGAUGCUUUAGGUGCCCUCACGUGAAACAGAUACGUAAAGUUGAUGGAAAUAAACAGAUAUAGUGGUCAGUGAAGAUCUCUCAUGUCAUGAUGGUUGAACCUUUUUUUGUUGCUUUAAGCUUGGUAAUGUCAGGUGUCAUAGAGAGAGAGUUAGAGCUCGACUUUGCUUCAAUGUGCAAGUGCCAUUUUUUCUUCAGGAUUUCACAGUUGUCAAAAGCUUAUUUGUCAAGUUGCCUGAUGGGAAAACAAAAAGUUCUGCAAAAUUCAAUAUAGGUGUGUUUUCCCCCAUUCUUCAGUCCACUUCAAAUUACUGUAGGAGAGGCAGCGAAUGAACACAGAUGAAAUGUUUCAAUGCAAACAUGUAACCCUUGUAUUGAUGUUAUUGUAUGCCCAGAAUCCCAGGAUGGGAUAGUAUUUGAAUGGCAUCAUGUGUCAAAAUAAAGCAUAGUUAUUCAGAUAUUGUAUAAUGAAGUAUACAGGCCAUAUCGUCCACCUUCUAAUUUGUGUAGAAAAACAUCCUAACACAUCCUCACACCAAACAGCCCUAAUACACUGAUUAAACACAUCAAGGCUCUUGUUAUUCAUCAUGUACAAAUGAAUGAAAAAGUUGAUAAGAAUAAGAAAAUGCUUCAUGCUUUGCCACAGGCAGCUAAGCCUUUAAACAUGCAAGACAGCUUUCACACCAAAGGAAGCUGUUACACCAAAAAGCUCUUUCUGCUUUUGCAUGGGAGACCAAGGAUAUGCUUUUGCCAUGAACAAAACAACCUAAGCACAAUCUCUUUAUUUGAAUACUCUGACAGUUAUAUUAAAAAGACUAAAAUAAGCAACAAAGUCAUCAUAUUGGUGUGAACUGUUUCCUCCCUGACACACUGUUGGUUAUUGCAGCCUGUGGCAGAGCUGGAGUGUUGUGUGCCACACAGAGUGAAUAAACCUCCUGCUGCUCCUGGUCUGAUCUGGCUGCAUGGUUCUGCAUCGUGAGCACGAGUUGUGCACGCAGAAUGCAUUCAGUUAGUCACUAGCAGAUUGUGGUUGCUCUAGUGUGGGGUGAUGCACACAUAAGAAAACCACUGCAGAGUGGGAAAUGAGUGUUUGCUCACAUGUCUGUGCAUUUCUGUCUCUUACCUCAGGGGUUCCAUGACCAGCCUGGAGUCGAGCCACAGCGGCUUCUCUCAGCUCAGCGCUGCCACCACCUCCUCCAGCCAAUCGCAGUCCAGCUCCAUGAUUUCCAGGUAGAAGAUGGAAGCUCCGACUUCAGUCGUGCCCCACCCUACCCCACCCCACCCCCCCCACCCCCUUAACUGCCCAGACCAUCAACACAGAAGCCAACUCCCAUCCAUGGACUCUGUUCCUUUUUGCACAGCCAGUCUUUAUGGAACUGACGCAUGCUUGCACAAACAGAAGACAAAGAAUUAAUCUGAGGCAAAAAAACAAAACAAAAACUGAGACUGUGUGUACAGUUUAAGGGCUGAUUUUUGCACAAAGGUCAUACACAUAUAUAUAAAUAUAUUUUGUGCCUGGCAUCUCCGCUGGGCAACAGUUUGAAAUAAAACAUUAGCAGAAUGUUUGCUUGCUUCGUGUCUUGUGCAGGGUGGAAAGAUUAAAGGUCAGGAGGUGAAUUGUGGCGCUUUAGUGGCACUUAAAGAAGAAAGAAGCAAUAUUUUCACCCUGGGCACCACAGGACCGGACAGAGACACUGGAAGAGCUGUUACAUAUAUGCAUUAACAUUUACUACCACAUGGACACAUGACAGAAACGACGCAUACCUCAGUCAUGUGCGUUGGAUGAAAACUGGAUGUACUGUUACAUACAUACACUGUUUGACAUGCAAAAAUUUACUAAGUUUGCCAUAAUACCAGAGGGUUUUGAUGAAUCUUGUGAAAUGUUUAUAGGUCAUGUGUGUGGGCGGGGUAAACUCUUAACUGGACCCAGGUUGAAAUUGUUCUGUAUCAAAUUAGUUUUUCAUAACAGCGUGGAGUUAUGGAACGGGUGGAGCUUGCUGAAUAACAACAACAAAUGAUGUCAGUAAAGCGGCGCAUUGUGGGGAAAAUAACAGCGGCUCAGAGAUCCAAAGGUGUUGAAUGUUGUACCUGAUAACCAUGUGGCAUAUGCUAAACCCUGGUGACUGUGUAUCUAUGUCACCGGCCACUAGACUAGACCAAAGUGCUAGUCCUUUCAGUCACAUGUCACCGGUAUGCCACUAAUACUGUAAUGUAUAUAUGAGAUAGCAGUUUAUCGGUUAUCGAUUACUCUGACUGGCCAAGGCUAAAUAACUUUUCAUCAUAAUUGAGAUACCCAACAGCUGUACCUACAACAUACGUAAAAGACAUACAAGAGAGAAGAAACAUGCACUCCUUUAAUUACAUAAAUUGUCAGUAAAAACAAAAAAACGGCAGUGGCAUCCCUUCGGCCUAUCAGAUGGGGUCCGGCACUCCACGUCUUUUAGCUGCAGAACGGCGGGCACAAGCCUCAGUCACUAUGAAAGCAUGUUGGCGGCCACUUUUUGGAUGUAAACAUGUCUGAAUAGUAUUUCACACAGACACUUUUCCACAGCUGGGCGAGUUUUCUGUCAGUGAUGUUGUCGCCUUAUUCAGUAAACUCCACCUGUCCGUCUCAUGAGGGCUUUAUCAUACCAUGAAAAACAGUUGGACGUUUAACCUGGGUCUCACUCUUAGCGAAGUGACUCGCUACAAGCAAUAACAUGAAUUUGACUUUUUACUGUGUGAAAUAUUUCUAUUUAUCUUAAAGAUAUGUGAGGAGGAUCAUGGGUGCUGAUUUCAGAUUCACUUUUACUUGUAUCUUGUGUACAGAUGGACAGACAAGCAAACUGAGCCAGAAAACCGCUAAACUCUGUGGCACCAACUUUGUCACUUCUUGUAUCACAGUUUCCGUUCUGUUAGGAGAGGAAAGAAAAACAAGAACUUGUCACAUUUUCUCCAGGACUUGUUCGGUUCCCUUGGAAUGACCACAGCUAGUUAGUUAGUUCGCUUUCUGUCCACCCUGUGCACGAUUUAAUGGAACUCAAUCCGAAUCAAUCGUAACGGACAUGCCUUGUCACUGAUUUGUGAAUGUGCUACUGAUUGGCUCAUGCUCCCCAACCAAUGAAAUGCCUGAACUUGGAGGGUUGGGUCUUACUUGAGCAGGACUGCCAUUAUUCUCUAGUUUGUUUUCAGUGUGGUGUAGAUUUGUGUGCAUUAGGGGUGAAUGUUUGUGAUAAUCAUUUGUUGGUGCACCAGUAGACAACAUAUUGAGACUGUACAUGUUUCUAGAGUUGAUUGGAGUUUGUUACUGUUUUUUUUUUCUUCUUUGGAGACGAGUACUUGACAGAGUGAAGCGGUGUGGCUUCACACUGCAUGCUAGUGGUGAUUGGGUUUACAGAUCUAUAGUCUAAAGACAAAGAUUUAGCCAUUUUAAGAGUCAUGUGUCAAUAAAUACCAUUUUAGCCUUUAUAAUCACCACUUAGAUAAGAACCUGCUUUUUUAAGGUCAUCACCGCAAUAGAUGAGCAAUUAUGACCUGAGUGAACAUUUCUAAAUGCAACACUUCCAUGCAAGAGUUUUCUAAUACAGUUUAUUCAGUUAAUGACUUCAUGAUCUGACUCUAUGUAAAGGGCAGGAACCUGGUUACACGGUGCAGCUGAUAGAAAAAAAAAAAGCCACAUGAAUAAGUCAGAGAGUCCAGCCUCUGAAAAGAUUGACCCAGCAGCUUGUUUUUGAUACGUAAACCGGCUUGUUUUUAAUCUUCUGGUGAAAGGUCAUAAAAGGGUUAAAUUGUGGUAACCGUGUGUCAUUAAUGGCAAUAGCAUGAAAUGCAUUACUGAGAAAAAGGACCUGUUCAGAUUGUGUGUAUUAUGGUGUAACAGAGUGAAUGCUUGAAACAGUGGGAUCAAACAACUGCCUGUAAACGUGUGAAAGCUCUCCCUCCCCUCCUUCCUCGCCCCUCUCAGCAGGUGUGCUCCUCCACUUUCUCUUCUCACUUUCUAAAACAGGUGGCAACACACAGCUGACCUUCCUUCACCUGCAGGAGAGCUUCUUCCAUUUCUAUAGUCAUGGAACAACUUAUACUCUCAGACUGACCUACGCUUUCCCUUUGACCUUAGUUCUCUUUGUCAUUCAGACACUCCAGAUUUGCUGUUUCGCUUUCAAACACUUCUCAUUGUGUAUAUCAUAGAAAGCUGAGUGGACCUUGAUUGAAGCCAUAGGAGAGAAAGCAGUGUGUACUCAGACCAGUGAUGUUGUUUUAUAGGCUUACAUUAAGUGUUACAAACACCAGAAAUCUCCUGUAGUCUGCUGACCCCUGCCUCUCAGACUUUAGCUCUUACAGUUGUGUACAUCUCUCAUCAAGAUCUCAUUGACAAAGGAGGGCUAUAACCGUCUGUCUUGAUUGUUGAACACAUUUGUCGUUUUCUCCUUUGCAUAAAUCAUUGCAUAUCUUUACCUUGAUGUGAGGACUAAUGUAAAAUUAUGUUUGGAUUAAUAAGAAUAUGUCGCCUUUACAUUUUUUGAAAACAUUAAACUUGAAUUAUGAGCAAAU